AAUCGAAUGUUAUAGUUCCCCUGCAUAGACGGCCUUUGAGACAGGAAAACAAGAUAUCUUACGGAGGAAUAUAUUAAUUUGUUGAUCUAAUUAUUCAUAUUCGUUGAAAUGAACGAAAGGAAUGGGAUCUUUUGUUUAUCCGGUACCUAGCAGAAAUGUUUGAUUUUUCACGGAGCCCCAAAGAAGAACCAGGAAGGGGCAUUAGAUGGGGCUUGGCAGCCCUGGUCGACUAGAUCGCCCAUUUGAGAUCAAUCUCCGAUUUUAUUUCAGUUGGAUACCUACCUCCUAGUUAAUUUUUAGAGUGGCUCUCUACAUAAAAAUCCCCAUGAGUACACCAAAAAGAGAGUACGAAAAAAGUGACGAACAAACACGACGGAAAUCUAGUGCCAGAAGCAUGCACAGUUCAAACCGGCAAAGUGCUUCUAGCAACUCGGGUGUGCUCAUGGUUGGGCCAAAUUUUCGAGUUGGAAAAAAGAUUGGAUGUGGAAACUUCGGUGAACUGCGUCUAGGUAAGAACCUGUACAACAACGAGCAUGUGGCAAUCAAAUUGGAGCCUAUGAAAUCUCGGGCACCACAGCUACAUUUGGAGUACAGAUUCUACAAACAACUUGGACAAGCAGAUGGCGUCCCCCAGGUGUAUUACUUUGGUCCGUGUGGCAAAUACAAUGCCCUGGUCUUGGAGCUGCUGGGACCCAGUCUAGAAGAUCUGUUCGACUUGUGUGAUCGCAAGUUUUCACUGAAAACUGUGCUGAUGAUAGCAAUCCAAUUGAUAUCACGGAUGGAGUAUGUUCACUCGAAACACCUCAUAUAUAGAGAUGUUAAACCAGAAAACUUUCUGAUAGGAAGACAAUCGACCAAAAAAACAGCAUACAUUCACAUCAUAGACUUUGGUUUGGCCAAAGAAUACAUUGACCCCGAGACCCACAAGCAUAUACCUUACAGGGAACACAAGAGUCUCACUGGCACGGCCAGAUAUAUGAGUAUAAACACACAUCUAGGAAAAGAACAAAGUCGGAGAGAUGAUUUAGAAGCUUUAGGUCACAUGUUUAUGUACUUCCUGCGUGGCAGUCUACCAUGGCAGGGACUGAAAGCAGACACAUUAAAAGAAAGAUAUCAGAAGAUCGGAGACACAAAGCGGGCCACGUCCAUAGAGGUUUUGUGUGAAAACUUUCCAGAUGAACUGGCAACCUAUCUGCGGUAUGUUCGGCGGUUGGACUUCUUUGAGACACCAGACUACGACUACCUGCGUAAACUGUUGACAGGCCUCAUGGAGAAAAUGAGCUAUGACUGUGAUUGGCAGUUCGACUGGGUCGGCCGCCAAGUGUCGACACCCGUGUCGUUGAGUGCCCCUGAUACUGGCCCAUCACCUCAAAGAGAUAUUGGUGGUAUGAGGGAGAGGCACACAGGCCCCACCAGGCCAAGUUCAAAUCAAAGGGGGCAUGCAUGGGGUGAGCAACCCAGGCACGCCAAUAAUUUACUGGGUGCCAACCUAGCCGCUGAUAAACAUGGGGGCUCGGUCCAGGUGAUGAGUUCAACAAAUGGUGACUUGGGACCUGAUGACCCAACAGCAGGACACUCAAAUACACCAAUCACAGCACAGCCUGAGGUGGAAGUUGUGGAUGAAACUAAGUGCUGCAGCUGUUUUCAUCGCAGGCGGAAACGGGGGAAACCCAAGCGCCAGAAAUGACUGCUUGCCUUUGGCCGAACCAGGGAUACUGUACCACUCAAGUCAAGAGAAGAAGAUUCCUACGCAGAGUCUCGGGAUACUAGCACCCCAGAGCUGCAGAAGCGUAGCCCUGUCUACCACACAGCACUGGGAAGGGGCUAUGUCAAUCAGACUUUCUUGUAGCACCUUUCCCAGGGGUUAGGAAUCUUCUGGAUUGCUGAGAGUGUUGCAGGGACUUCUGGGAGAUAUAUACAUGUGAUACAACUUUGUGGCAAAGUAAAAGUGCUUGGAAAAGAAUAUGUAUCUGUUUCGACUUCCAUCUGCUUACUCUGUUUCUGAAAUAGGCAAAAUACUGGUGAAUAUUCUUUUGAUUUGUGAUGAUUCAAAAUGUUGUCAGUCAGGCUGGCAUUAUGGGAAUAACCCUGAUGAUUGGUCUUGAACAUCAAAGCUAUUUUCAACUGUCAACUUUGUAUUGAAUUUUGAUAAUAGUUGUGUGGAUGUAGUGACCAGAUUUGGUGUUAAUGUAUGUGUUAAGUGACUGUGCGAAAGAUACCUGUUUCAAUUGUGUACUUACCUGUACUGCUCAUUGUGAAGUGAUUGUCAUAGGAGCAACUUCCUAUGCAGUAUCAGUUUAUCUUAGUCUGUUUUUUGUCAUUGAUUAUCCCUAUGCAUUAUUUAUCUAGUCUUUUCGCCCAUGAAAUUUGGAAAGGUGAAGAAUGGUAGUUGUGUAUUUUGCCAUUUUCAGAGAUUCUGUAAGCUUUUUCUUUCGUUGUUAAAUUUUGAUGCAUAUGGUUUGUCCUUUCUAGUUAGCCCAGCUGCAGCAAGAGACAUGAAAGUGUGUGCUACUGCAGUGGAAAGUUACUCCUUGUUUGACUUAGUGCCAUAAAUAAACCCUUUUUCUGAAAGGGCAUAAACAAAUUGUAAUUAUGAUAGUAUAUGAGGGUUACAGGAAGACUUUUCUGCACAGUAGUCGCUUGCAUGCGGACCUGCUUUUUUUAAGGGACGGGGAUGUUCAACUUUUUUAGCAAAAAAAAACAUUUUCAGGGCAUUCUUGUGAACAUGUCAGUGGUCUGAAAUGUUGAUUAUCGAGGAUGAACAUCCUCUUUUAUCUGUGUUACAAUGACACAUGGAUACAUACAUGUGUGCUGGUAACUUACAGCAGUUGUGGAAACAGGAGGCACGGUAGGGUUUAGUUCUAUAUACAAUCAUGUUAAAAGUCCUCAUCGUGAAGUAGCCAUCCAACUGCUGCAGUAACAUUCACAUUCUUUUGAUUUAAGUAAAGAUACUUUAGUAAAGAAUGAUCAUGCAGUGGUUCGUAUGAAACUAUCCCACCCUUUUAUUAUGGAAAUCCAGCCUUCGGUGUGAAAAUGAGUUGGAAUUCUAGUAAACGUUUCGAAUGGUAUUUGACUGGUUAAUCCAGUGUGUUCUACUCCAGUGAGAUGAGAUUUAAUGUUGCAUUGUUACUAUCUUCACCAUAUAGCAACAGCAACAAUUCAUACCAUAUCUGUCAGUAGGGACAGAAGAACAAUAAGAUUAAUAUCAGGUUCCAUGUAAAUCAACUAAAUUGGUCUGAGUAUCACAUCGAAACAGCUCUUUGUACUCCAUGUCCAACACCUUAAAUUGGAACCAACAUAGAAUCAAUUUGCUUGACAAUCUUGACAGUCCGUGAGAUUAACACAAAACAGACAGUCCUCAUGGCCAAAACCCCAUCUUACCUCUCUUAUGUAACUGUAGUGUCAUGUCAGUCAGUAACCCUGAAUGGACUUUUUUAAUAAACUAAUCUUUUAAACACAACACUUUUAGUUUAUAAUUAACAAGUUAUUUUGGGUAACAGAAGCAUUAUAUUCUCACCUCACCAUAGUCACUUUUUGGUAUAGUGUGGCAAGUUUCUAAUCCCAACAAUAAUGUGAUGAAAAAGGUGUCUGGAGUUCAAGAGGGUUUCUGUAAUAGCUUGUGUCAAUUCUAUCUUAUCACUUCAGAACAAACAGAUAUUUGUGAUUCACACUGUAUUUAAAUCCAAAUUGAAGCCUUGGUUGGUAAGAAUACCAUUUUAUCAAGCUAAUUGUCAACCUAUGAGGUUUAACCAUGAUCAAAAGUAUGUGAUACUUUGUACAUUAAAAAUUGUGUUCUUUUACAUGCGAGGAGGACAUGUCAGUGCAUGGUAAGACUGGCACAUGUUUUCUAGUUUCCUUAUUCAGUCCUGUUUCUGCUAAAUGAUGUAAAUAUUUUCAGUCCCGAAGCAACAAGAUAAAUAUUUUGAAAUUUGAACUUUCUAAUCACAUGCUCAUUUGUUUGUUUUGUUGUGUUGUUUCCUUGUCCUCUUGAUACAGUUUUAAUUAACACAUUUUGAGUACUAUCAAGGAACAAGUUAGGUACACAAGUUAAUGUUACGUUUUUCAGUGAUACAAGCACUUUGGUGUGUAUAUUUGGCAGAGGAAUAAGAGGGUUGGAAUUGAAGAAAUGUCUUCAUGCAAGUUGGUAAAUUUCCAUAUGAGAUUAUACAUUUAUAUAUAAAGAAUUUGUUAAUUUGUCCAAUAACAUCAAGUGUUCAUAGAUUAAAGUUCCAACCCUUUAAGCAUUCAGGUACAUCGACCUUUUAUCUUAGCUCAGAAAAUGUAGUGAAUUAUUUCAUUUUUCCUUUUGGAAGAAGCAGUAAUCAUGACCAAGGCUUUAUCAAAGCAGUCUUGUUAGUAGCUGUGUUGUGUGAGUUACUUGCGCAUGAAUUUUGACAGUUCUUGUGCUCAGUUGGUAAUGACAGAGCCCUACACCUGACCAAAUUAGGCCAAUGUAUGAGGGUAAAUGUACUUGAAUGCUGCCAGAUCGUUGAAGGGCCACCUACCUAUCUCCCUGUGAUUGUGAUAUGAUGGUGACAGACUGGUCCAGACACCACACAGUAACCUGGUUUGACCAAAGGCAGACCCAAUGUAUGUAUAGCUUGCCACAGCCUGUAUUAUGUGGAGGGCUUGAUCAGUGUGUACAUAGUUCAUUUGUUAUGCUUGUAUAUAUUCCACACAUAAACAUAACAGUAUCAGUCAUUAUGCACCAUAUGUUCAGUCUUGUGCAGCUUUCGGUGUCACGUCAGCCACUCUGCAUGAUCAGGUUCAGAUUGGGCAGCCCUGAAGUUGAUGGUUGUGGCACUUAGCUGUUAGCUAACAUUCAGAAGCAGGACGGAUGAGCACCUAGUAGACUGAUCUCAAAUUCUAUAACCUGCCUGCAAAUAGGUCUUGUUCUCCUAGGGAGAGGAAGUUGCAGAGCUCCCAGGGUUUCCAUUUGUACAUAAAACAUGGAUGCCACAAUGGGAAUUUUAGAUGACAAACAAAUCUUAAUUGUUGUAUCUAGUAAAGUGACUGUACCAAAAUACUCCCAACUUCAUUUCUUGAAAAUAGGUAUCCAAAAAUUGCUUUUUAAAUCUACCUCUCUCUCUCUCUCUCUCUCUCUCAUGACAGAUAUUUUAUCCUUCAGACAAAAAGAACAUUUUGUGAUAAAAUUAUUCACAGAAGUAGCUCUUGAAAGGACACUAUGUCGAUAUUUUAAGGCUUUUUGAGUUGGUCAGUCAUGUCAUACCAGAAUGAAUGGAACAGUUGGUUUUUAAUGGAACUUAAUGUAGUGCACAUUCGUCUGCUACAUACAGUGUGCACUAACUGAAGAGGAAGCCCAAGUACAUGUGCCAUGUCGCAGUGUUGUACCUCAUCCAGACUGCCCUAUACACUUCAAAUCAAAUUCUUGAAUCUUAUCGCUACUGUCAUUGGAAUGAGAUGUGCUUACAGAGAUGUGUGCGCCUGAUUUCUCUUGAAAGCUUUCGUCGCCAUUAUUCUUUCUUUUUGUUUGUUGCUAGAUGUUGUCUCUUACUGAGUUUGAAAAUAGCAGGCUUGUAUGGCCUGGUACAUAUUUUUGUUGAGCUGGGUGCUACAUGCAUCAGCUUUGUUUACUUUGUACAAUUUUAUCAUUGCCUUCUUUCACUGGCUCAGUUCACAUGUUCAUUUGAAGUAUUUCUAUGGGGUGACCACACUCCUCUCUUGCCCUGGUUAGGCACUUGAGUUUUAAUGUGUAUGUAUCAUUUCUCAAUGCCCGGGUUUGGGAGAAUUCAACAUUUUUUUAACCUAGAAUCAUGUACAUAACGUUACUGAUAACUGUAAGCUAUUUUAUUGUGAUAAAUCUUGCUGUUUAUAUGUUGCACUGAGUUGCCUCGUUUGCACUUCACCAAUAGUUGCAAGGCAUGUACAUCUAUAUCCAUAACAGAAAUCACCUGGCUUAGCCUAACUUUCAUCUAAUUUUUGUCAUGGUAUACGCAAAGUUGGAUGAUAGAUAUGCGAUAGCCAGAUCAUUGAGACAUUUAGAACAUCAUUGUGAAGAAAUGGUGUAAUUUCAUUCAUUAUCAUCGACAUUCGACAUGCCCCAUUUGUCUGCUUAAGGAUUUCUAUGAACUUACUUAUUAACAUUGCCAAAGUUCAGGUACAUUUGUCUCUGUUUUUGUUUUUUUCACCAUAUCACAUUUUCUUAUGGUUAUAACACUAUCUAAAACUGUAGGUCAUUAUUCAGAAUUUCUGCUUUGCAAUAUUUUGAUGCAAGUGUAUUGAGGUGAUGACCAGAGUACCACUGUCAUUUAUUGGUACAAGUCUUAAGAAUUGUCCGUUUUAGUUGUUUUGUGUACAUUAUAAAAUGAUAAAAAUAUUGAAAAGAAAAAAUGUUAAAAUGUAUGACUGGAGACUAGAUGAUAUGUAUGACAUGAUAUGAUGCCUACAGAACGUGUAUAUUUUUCAUGCAGCUCCACACAAGUCUGCAUGAGUCCUCCUGUUUCAGUGUUGCGCUGUUUCCACUAAUCCUCUGCUGCACAGGUAGCUGCCACCCAUCUAUGCUACCGUCAGACCUGUACAAAUUGCACUACCAACUAGCUGGUGUGGAGAGAGCGAAGCGCCAUUUGGUAUUAUUACUUAUUACAUGUAUGAAGUGGGCAAGAUGAUAUUUUGUAAUGUUUAAACAUGAUGCAUGUACAGAUUGACCAACUUGUUUGUGCUGACUACAUUGUAGAACCAGGAUUUGUUCAGCUCUUCAGCUGCCACCAGACUCAUGGAAAUAAAUGACUGAGCAGCUGACCUCCAA